CCUGGACCCUCCCUUCUAUUUCCGUUUCCGGUUCUCAGCUUCAGCCUAGUCGCUCGCCUGCUGGGGGCCGCGGGGGCCGUCCCUCCGGGGGUCGCUAUGGCUGGGAGCCGGCUGGAGACCAUCGGCACUCUCUUCACCCGGAUUCGGGACCUGAUGCGAGCUGGGGUGUUGAAGGAGAAGCCCCUGUGGUAUGAUGUAUAUGAGGCCUUUCCACCAUUGAAGGAGCCUGUAUUCCGGAGGCCCCGCCAGCGCUAUGGAAAAGCCAAAGAACUGGUACCUGAGGUCCUAUACCAGGAAGAUCGGAUCAGAGCAAAAUACUAUUCAGUUUAUGGAUCUGGUCCCAAAACUUUUGAUCUUUUCAACCCAAACUUUAAAUCUUCCUGUCAAAGAUUUGUGGAGAAGUAUAUUGAACUACAGAAAAAAGGAGAAACAGAUGAAGAUAAGCUCUUUCUGGAAACAGGAAAGGCUUUAUUGGCAGAAGGUGUUAUUUUACGACGGAAAGGAGAGGGAGCAACUGUCAAAUACUACUAGAAUGAACUCCAAAGGAUGCAUUGAAAUAUUAUUGUUUUGAAUAUUGUUUGAAAGAUGAGAGUCCUCAGCUGAAGCUGGAAUGUAAUAUUAAAUACCAAAGCUUUGAUGUGUUGUCUGCAUAUUCAAGGCAGCUCUUUUAUAAGCCUUAUCUCAUUAAUGUGGGUAAAAAUGUCAAUAUUGUUGGUAAUCUGUCUUUUUAGGAUUUAAGGAAGUCAGAAACCUGAAACAAAAACUUCUUAUCAGAACUGUAGUGGAGGAAAACCGGCAUAGCCCCAUAUGACCAGCCUUUGGAAUUUGCUGAAGAGAAGCUGAAAAAUCUCUUUCUUCACUAUUGAAUUAGACUUUUCUAUGUCAUCAAGGCCUGAUCUCUUUAACAACCAUACACAAUACAUUAAUGUUGAAUAUUUUUUCAUGGCUGAGCUGGGGUAAUACUUCUGAAUGUUUACAUUUGAAUAUUGUAUGUUCAAUUCUCUUUUGGGGUUUUCAUUAAAGUCUAUAAUCCAGCAAAGAA